AUGAUGGGGCGGCCCCGUCGACCGUGUCUGACCGGUAUUCACCUGCUGAUAACAUCGCAAAUAUCGUAUUCCCUGGUGCUUCUGACUGCGAACAUUGACGACGUGAGGAAGCUGGCGAGGGAGCUCGUUUCAGCGCCUGUCGCCGAAGAGAUCGUCAACUUUUUAGCGAAGGCGAACGUAAUCAAAUCGCCAGAGAUAUCUCGGGAGAACAUUCAAAAUGCUCAGUUGGAUAAAAUGUUGGACAGAGAAUGGAACAGGGACGCAAAGAGAGAAGCUUCGGGAGUCGAUGAAGAAAAUGACGAGAAAGAGUACGAUAACAAUGGACUCUCUGAUGAUAAGGGGACAGCGAGUGAGGGAAUCUCUGGAACAUCCUCGAUCGCGGAGAGGAAGAAGAAUUACGUACUAGACUUCGCUCUUAAACAGGACAACGUCAAGGAGCCACGAUUCGAGUGGAAAAAGGCGGCGAACUUCGACUUCCUGUUGGCAUCGAGCCCUGGGCAUGCACAUCUAGUGAAUACACCUGCGUCCAAUACACCUGAAAAUACCAAAACACCAAGUAGAUUGAGCACCAAAAAACCCAAAAAAACUGUCAAACCAGCUAAAGCAAGGAAAGAAAAGGCCUUUGAAAAGCUAACAACGAAAGAUGAAAGCGACAAAUCCGAAAGUGUAUCACUCGAAACCUCAUCGGAAACGGAGGAAUCGAAUCCUAGUGUGAAGAUACUGGCUUCGACCAGGUUUGCAGAUUACUACGAUAGAGCCCACACAAAUAAGGAUGUGAUAGGUAAGGAUGACCCAACAAAGGGAUCUAUUUACACCAAGAACAAUGUUUUGGCAACCAGUGGGCCGUUAGAAAUUUUCCAGGCUUCGGUGAAACUAGCUGAUACGUCAGAGGAGAGAUCGUUGAACGAUGAAAAUCGCAAAUAUUUCAAACAGUACGACAGUGACGGUGGCUUCGGUUCGGACUUUAGGAGGCAUUUAGAACCGCGAUCUGGUCGACAUGAAGCCUCGGAGACAAUCGACGAGACCAAAAACACAACUCCGAAACGUACAGAAGAUACCAAUGUAUUAGAUAGCGAAAUAGACAAAGACUAUAGAAUAGAUAAGGAAGAAAGUACUAAUAGAACAACCGACGCAGGCGACAACAAUGGGACAGAUUAUUGGUACGACCAAGAUAAGGUUUACAAUGAAUUAGAGCAAGAACAAGAGGACGCUGAUGACAGGAAAAGAAAA